AUGAAGUGGUCUAUUAUUCCAUUCCUGGCUUUCUUGGCCACCUACAUUCAUGCCGCGCCAGUCGGCACCGAAGCGGCUGCUCCCAAUCCAGUAGCCGAGCGCUAUUUCGAGGACCAAUGCGACAGUUUCCAGCGCGCAGCUAUUGAAACGGCACAAGUUCAGUGCGUGGAACUAGCAUCGCACGCUGCCAGAGCCGCAUAUGAAGACCCCAGGUUCCCGGCCUACUUCCACUCGGAUUCGACAGGCAUCAGGGUGAAGGUUGCUUCCCGUUUCCACGCAAUAGCAAAGGAAUGCGCCAAGCCACGCCUGAGUUACCACUGUUUUGACCGUCACAACCAGUGUGGGACCGAGAACGUGGCAUUCUAUACGGGUGAGGGCGUGGUAUUCUAUACGGGUGGGGGCGGCUAUGUGACGAUCUGCCCACCCUUCUGGGGCAUGCCGCUAGUGAACCUGGCAGGUUACGGCGGGGACCGGGGCACCGUACUUCUACACGAGUUAACGCACAGUCCAGAGGUUUAUAAGCCUGGCACGAAAGACUUGGCGUAUGGCUUCUAUAACUCGACGGAGCGAUUAAAGACGACCGAGGCGGCGCUGAGCAAUGCAGAUUCUUUCGUGGUGUUCGCACAGGACGUUCUUUAUGACUCCUACUCAUCAAAUGGGCGGGCGAUUGGCGUUCAGCUCACUGCCGCGGGUAACUCCGCCGUCAAGGUCGUAGUGACGAACAACGGCGAUAUGGCUUUGAACCUUCUCAGGAGAACCACUCUCUUCGAUGAGAAGCUACCCAUCGAGCGCAUCUCGAUGUUCGCUAGCAACAGUUCUAUCAAGGUUCCUUUCGAAGGCAUCAGCAGGGUUCACCUUGAUACCGACAACCUAUCCGCAGACGACUUCCUUGUUCUUGGAGCUGGAGACAAGAAAGAGUUGACGAUUGAAGCUGCCUCUCUACACGAUCUCAGCAACGGCGGAAGCUUCGAUGUGUUCGCAAACGGCAUGCUGCAAUACGCCAACACCAACUCGACCGAGCUUGUUGGCCAUCUCCAAUACAGCUCCAACAAGCUCAGCAUCACUGUCAACGGUACCAAAGCGGCUACUCACAAGCCAGUAGCCGAACGUGCAGCCGAUCCCUACUUUUGCCAACGCUUCAUAGCUUUCAUGAAUGAUAAAAUCGCCGAGGCACAAAAGAACUGCCAAAAGCUAGCAUUGGGAGCUGCAGCUGCAGCUCGAGCCGGCCACCGCCAUCUCGAAACCUUCUUCCACUCGUCAACAUCAGCUACGAAAGCUGAGGUUUCCGCCCGAUACACCGCAAUAGCACAGGAAUGCGCUAAACCUAGUGCAAGCUUGAAUCUCUACUGUCAUGACCGUCUCGGCCAUUGUGACGGUAACCUCGCAUACUACGGCCCGCAUGGUCUCGGCAUCACGUUCUGCGCUGGUUACUGGGACAAGCCGGCAGUAGCGGAAGGGCAAUGUUCAGCCAAGGAUCAGGGCAAUUUACUUCUGCACGAGAUGACGCAUUCUUCAGAGGUGUAUAGCCCUCCUACCAAGGACUGGGCUUAUGACUACUGGCCUUCCGUUAAGCUGUCUUCCAGGAAGGCACUGAACAACGCAGAUUCGUUCAAGCUGUUUGCAAACCGUAAGCUGAUGUCCUUAUACGACCGAUGA